AGCUCCAGGAUUUGCAUCUAGGCGAAGCCAAACCCACAUAACGAACGCAGCGCUCCCUGCGAAAGCUGAGAGGAGAGCUCCGGAGGAAAUGGAGCAGCUUGUGGGAGUUCACCACCACCAUUCUUCUUCCUCCUCCCUCUCCCCGCGGACUCCAUCUCCAACCCACCCACUCCCGCAUCUCCUGCGCCUCCCUUCCAGCUCCAACCGGCUCCGCCCACCGGAUCACCCCCACUCCUCUCAUCCUGUCUCCAAGCUCCUCCGCGUCACCCCUCCCUUCUUCCUUGUCCUCCUCGCCGCCGUCUACCUCCUCGCCUCCUUCACUAUCUUCUCCUCUCCCGCUGCCUCGCUCCGCCCCACCAAGAACCGCCCCAAGCUCCUCCUCCCCAUGCCCGCCCCCUCUCCCCCUCCCCCCGACCUCUUUGAGCUCCACGGUGGCAGGAUCCGGGCCUGGAUCACCAAUGUCGGCGCCACCGUCACCUCGCUCCUGGUCCCAGAUAACAAUGGGGUUCUUGGUGAUGUGGUGCUUGGAUUCGAUUCCCUGGAUCCUUAUCAGAAUGGCACUUCACCUUAUUUUGGCUGCAUUGUUGGGCGAGUUGCAAAUAGGAUCAAGGAUGGGAAGUUUACUUUAAAUGAUAAGCAGUAUAGUCUGGCUAUCAACAACCCUCCAAACACUCUUCAUGGUGGAUUUAAAGGUUUUGACAAAAUCAUCUGGGAAGUUGCUGAAUAUGUCAAAGGGGAGAACCCAUCAAUCACCUUCAAAUAUUACAGUAAAGAUGGAGAGGAAGGUUUCCCAGGAGAUGUUUCUGUCACCGCUAGAUAUUCUAUUCUGGCAAGUACGACACUGAAGUUGGAGAUGGAGGCUAUACCUUUGAAUAAGGCCACACCCAUCAGUUUAGCACAGCACACCUACUGGAACCUGGCAGGCCACAACUCAGGAGAUGUGCUUGCACAUACUGUUCAGAUUUUGGGGUCUCAGAUAACACCGGUAGAUGAAACCUCAAUACCCACCGGUGAGAUGAUGCCAGUUAGUGGCUCACCCUUCAAUUUCCUGACAGAGACCACAAUUGGCAGCAGGAUUGAUCAAGUCCCUGGUGGCUAUGAUCACAACUUUGUGAUUGAUUGUGGUGAAGUGAAGUCAGGUUUGUGCCAUGUGGCGAAAGUGACAGACCCUUCAAGCUCCAGGGUCCUUGACAUUUGGGCAGAUGCACCUGGAGUGCAGUUCUACACUGGAAAUUUCCUCAAUGGCAUUGUGGGCAAAGGAGGCGCAGUCUAUGGGAAGCACGCCGGCCUGUGUCUUGAGACCCAAGGUUUCCCAAACGCAGUGAACCAACCUAAUUUUCCCUCGGUGGUCGUUCAGCCUGGUGAGAAGUAUAGUCAUACGAUGUUGUUUGAGUUUUCAACAAAAUGAUCCAGUUCUUGUAGGCCAUUUUGUUUUGUUCUUUCUACGAGCUUGAUGCUGCAGUGGUUGUAUAGCUUUCAAAUACUGCUCCACGUGACAAUUUGCUACUCUGAAUUUACACGAAUCAGCAGACAAGGAAUCUCGUGUAGGACUUGCAGGCAAGGUUCUUUUCAAGAUGAGGUUAAGGACAUAGUAGGAAUGGAAACAGAUGGAGGCCUAUGGGAUGGUACUGAAUACGGUGGUGAAGUGGGUGAGAACAACCACAUGAACCCCAGAAAUUCAAGGGUCUUUUUGGUGACAAUGUCGCCCACUCACACCAGGUAAUUAGAGAAGAUCAGAUUGCACAUGCAGAAAACAUAUUUAUACAGUUAAGCUGUAAAGCCACACCAGACUGGAAUCAUCCUAUGCUGAUUAUAUAUCAAAGUUUUGAGUUGUAUUGCUAACCUUUGCUUUGCCCUCAGGAGCAAAGAGAUUGGGGCGAUGAUUCGGACGGAUAUCUUCAAACUCUCUCAAUGAACUGAACUUAGUUUAGUUAUCUGAUCCAAAUCAAACAGCCAGACACUAGUGACUAAUACUGACAACUAAUGUACAGAGUUGACCGUAAAAUGAUGUUUCACAGCAACUUUGACUUCACAAUCACAGCGUUGGCUACGUGGCGACAACCACCAGUCGGCUCCCGUGAAGGUGCUCCUCCAUGGGGACGAAGAUGGGAGAGAGGGAGAUGUCAAUGACAUGUGGGUUUCAACAUUCUGUUUUUUUUAUCCCAAGUACUACUCCCUCCAUCCACUAAUACAAGUGAUUUUGACAUUUUA